UUAAAUUUUGUUUUUGUUUUUGAGCACGUCUUUUUGUUUUGUUUUUUUGUUUCAAAAACAAUUUUUCAGAUCUGAAAAUGGAUCUUCUCAGGGCGGAGAUUGCUAAAAAACGUAAACAAUUGGAAAAAUCAUCGUUGAUUGAUGAAGACAAAAAAUUUUUCAAACGUGAAGAAUUGAAUAAAAAAAUCGAUGAAGAAUAUUGGCAAAAACAAGCAGAAAAACUUGUCAAAAAACGUCGAUACGAUGAACAACAUGGUAUCAAUUCGGAAGAUUCAGAAUCUCGUGAUAGCGGCGAUGAUUUAAUGACCGCAAGUGGAUCGAAAUUAUCGGCUGAAGAAAUUGCCAAAAUGAAAUUAAAAAAAUGGAUUAAAAAUCAAACCGGAUCGAGCGGUGAAGAUCGAACCAAUGGCGAAGAACGAAUACUAUCACGUAAAGAAGUGAUCAAACGUUUACGUGAACGUGAUCAACCGAUAACAUUGUUUGGUGAAACUGAAAUCGAUGCAUUUCGUCGCCUACGAAAAUUAGAGAUUAUUGAACCAGAAUCAAGUGAUAAAGGAUUCCGUAACGAUUUUCAGGAAGCAAUGGAAAAAGUCGACGCAGCAUAUUUGGAAGAAAUUGUCAAAGCUGAUAGUCAUAAUACAACCGAUGGUCAUGGUGGUGAGAAAAAACGUGGAAAAAAUGAUGUAAAAAUUGAAGAAAUGAAUACAACAAUCGAAGAAAUUAUUGAACAAGCUCAAUAUCUGGGUAAACAACGUUCAAAACGACCAAAUACAGAUGAUGAACAAAGACGAUCCGAUUGUGCGGUAAUAUUGAAAUUUUUGAAAUUUCUUCUCGAAUUAUGGGGUAGACGAUUGAAUGAUCGAAAUGAAUCGGAUAAAAGAUUAACACAAGGAAGAUUGAUGACUGCCAUCUAUACACAGACACAGGAAUAUCUGAAACCAAUGUUCAAACAAUUAACCAAACAAACGAUUGCCGAUGAUAUUCUUAAACAUUUGAUUAUCAUUAUCAAAUAUCUUCUUGAACGUGAUUAUGUACAUGCAAACGAUGCCUAUUUACAGAUGGCUAUUGGAAAUGCACCAUGGCCAAUCGGUGUUACUAUGGUUGGUAUACAUGCUCGUACAGGUAGAGAGAAAAUCUUUGCCCAAAAUAUUGCCCAUGUUUUGAAUGAUGAAACACAACGAAAAUAUAUUCAAGCAUUGAAACGAUUGAUGACACAAUGUCAAAAAAUGUUUCCAACCGAUCCAUCCAGAUGUGUUGAAUAUACCAAAGAAUGAAUAUUUGAUGCGAAAUUUUUUAAAAUUAUGUAAAUAAAAAGACAAGACAAAUUUUUUUCAAAAAUCAA